AACAAUGGAGAUGCAGAACAAAAGUUCUCACUCAUCACCAACCAUAGCUGUUGGGACAGGGUGACGAGGGACAAGGCAGACAGAUUUUACCAAACAGAAUUAGUGUCACCUCCAUGUUUCUCCUGGAAAAUCGCAGCAUUUGAUUGCCUUUUUUUCUGAAUACCUACGAGUGCAGCUUCCCACUUUUGAGCCUGCAAGGCAGGGGAGCCACGAGUGGGUUUUCAUGGCACCGGCACUCUAGGGCUGCCAUGGCAGCUGAUGCCGCCGAUGCCUCACACUGUAUUACCGCACUGACACCGGAGGAAGAGGGACGACGCACUGCCGCCAAGCUGUUAGGGAGCGCCGCCCUGCUGCCACGGACAGAGAGAGAGAGGGAAGAGGAAGUAGGAGGAGUGAGCAGGAACGAGUGUCUGGUGUGUGGGGUUCUUUUUGCCUCACAGGAGAAGCUUCGGCUUCACACCUCGAGUCACACAGGAGACAAACCUUUUCACUGCUCCCACCCACACUGUCCUAAGGCUUUCAGCUCCAAGUACAAACUCUUCAGGCAUAUGGCCACACAUUCUCCACAGAAGACCCAUCAGUGCUCGUUCUGUGAGAAAAUGUUCCACCGCAAAGACCACCUGAAAAACCACCUGCAAACCCAUGACCCCAACAAAGAGGCCUUCAAGUGUGAGGAGUGUGGGAAGCACUACAACACCAAGCUGGGAUACAAGCGUCAUGUGGCCAUGCACUCUGCAACUGCAGGGGAUUUAACUUGUAAAGUGUGCAUGCAGAGCUACGAGAGCACGCCUGUUCUCCUGGAGCACCUCAAGAGCCACUCGGGAAAGUCCUCAGGCGGCGCCAAGGAGAAAAAGCAUCCUUGCGACCACUGUGAUCGACGUUUCUACACUCGUAAAGAUGUGAGACGACACAUGGUGGUCCACACAGGGCGGAAGGACUUUCUGUGCCAGUACUGUGCCCAGCGCUUUGGCAGGAAGGACCAUCUAACACGUCAUGUGAAGAAGAGCCACUCACAGGAGCUGCUGAAGAUCAAGACAGAGCCUCCGGAUAUGUUAGGUCUUUUAGCAACAGGAUCUCCGACAUGCUCCAUCAAGGAGGAGCUCAGCCCCAUGAUGUGCAGCAUGGGGCCAAAUAAAGACCCUUUCAUGAGCAAACAAUUCUCCAGUGGGGCACCUUUCCCAAUGAACAUGUACAACCCUCACAAUCUCCAGGCCAUGUCCAAUUCAGGGGUGGGUCACCCACACCCUUCCCUGAUGCCCAGUUCCUUGUCUGCAGCUAUGGGAAUGGGCUGUCACAUGGAUUCCCCUGCCUCUACUCACCCACACUCCCUCCACCACCACCAUCAUCACCACCAUCACCACCACCAUUCCCCUCCACCCCCCUCACACCACCAGCCUGUGGCUCCCCAGCAGCAGCACCAACCCCAGCCAGCGCCCAAAUACCAGCUGGGAUCUACCUCAUACCUGCUGGAUAAGCCCUUGAAAGUGGAAAUGGAGAGUUUCCUAAUGGAUCUGCAAAGUGGCUUGCCAGGCCCAGUUCCUUCUGCAGAGCCUCAUGCUGCUGCCUCACCCCCCAAGGAUGGACUGGAGCCCGCCUCAGGGCUGGCAGAUGAACUCUGUGGGGAUUCACUUCUGUCCAAGAGCCCUGCGGUGAUCACGGAGUCUCUGUGUGCUGCUAACAUGGACUUUUCCCACCUGCUGGGUUUCCUGCCCCUAAACCUUCCUCCCUAUAGUGCUCCCAUGAGCACAGGAGGACUAGUAAUGGGCUACACCUCAUCCGCAACCUCCUCCUCUACUUCCUCCUCAUCUCUGCAUGCGACAGAGCCCCAUGCUGCAGCAGUUGCAGCCGCAGCAGCUGCCAUUGCCACAGCACCUCUUACCUCUUUGCAACCUCAACCUCAGGAGCAGCAGAGCUCCAGCGGGGGUCUGGGUCUUGGAUCCUUGCACCCCCUUCCACCAGUGUUCAGCUCCAGCCUUAGUACCACCACACUGCCUCGUUUCCACCAGGCCUUCCAGUGAUGGGCAGCUGCUGCCCAGCCAAAAUGGCCUCCACGCUAGCCCAAGCUCAGCUUAGACAUUUUGGCCAAGGCCUGAUUAACAAAUUUGGAGGAUUUGAAACAAAAAUAAAUCCCUAAAUGAACACGCUGAAGCCUUAAAUGAAAGUGCGCACAAAAGCUUUUGAUUGAGCCUUAAAAGGAAAUUAAACCCCUUUGAGCAAAAAAGGAAAUGAGAAGUUGAAGCAGCUUUUAUUUGGGCUUUUUUCUCCCAUAUAUUAUAGAUAUAACGAUGUAUUAACCCUUUUAAAUUUUUAAUUUACCUUCUUUUUUAUCUUCCUUCAAACCCCCUCUUUAGUAGUGUAGAGAGCAGCAUCAGUAGGCCAAAAAGGCACGGUACUGCAGGCUUUCUAAAUUAAUAAUAUAAAACAAAAAAAGAUCAAUUUUAGUAGAGCUUAUCUGCCUUGUUGUGAGCCAGAAAAAUAUAGUUUGAAGUGGGUGAUUUUUUUCUUUUCUUUUCCAAAUAUAAGAACAUGGUAGAACGUGUAUUUGAGUUUAAAACCACCAAUGCUGAUUACCUGGAAUGUCAAGAGUAAAAAUGGAGAGAGAUUAGCAAGGGGACAAGGAAUUACAGAUGAUUCAUGCGAUGGCUUAGCCACAGCCACAACACAACCUCAGGCCCCCAAAAAGUGCUGUUCAAUGGUUAAGUAAAUUAGCAGAAGGUUUUACAGAUUAUUACGGAUUAAUUACUUGCUUCAGCAAAGCAAAAAAAGAGAAAAUAGUUGUGAUUUAUUUCUUCUUUUUCUGUUCCUCAAGAGAAGCACUUUUAAAAAGAAAUUUCUUUGUGGAAGGCACUUCACUUUUUAUCUCCUCCCUCACACUUGUACAGAACUCGGCUUGUGCCUGCUAAAACAAAAAAAGAGCGUUGUGAAAAUCUUUUCUGUUAUUUUACCUAACCGGGUGCAUGGAUUGUAAAUCUGUGUAUGUGGUUUACAAAACAGAAUCCGAAAAAAAAAAACCGAUAUAAUUUUCCAACCUCUAGAUUUUUUAUUUGCGUGCCUUGCACUAACCGGGCUUCGUACUUCUGGAGCUUUUACUGCCUGAGAAGGAGAUGUUCUCGCCAGAAUAGAAUGUUGACUCUUUCUUUUGUUCACCUGUCUUCUUUCUAAGCAUUACCAUCAAAAGUUCCCAUAGUCACGAUAAACUGCAGCUUUUUCCAAGCAGCCCAGCCCAGCAUAUAUAUAUAUAUAUAUAUAUAUAUAUAUAUAUAUAUAUAUAUAUAUAUAUAUAUAUAUAUAUAUAUAUAUAUAUAUAUGCCUGUAUUUUUUAAAUAUAUAUACUCCAAACUCAUCUUUAGGCAGACUUUUUAAAAGAUGCAUCGUCAUCGUAAUGAUGAACCCUGAGAUAUGUGAAUGGCUGAAAAAAAAAAGGCAGAGAAAUUACAGCGACAGAUGAGUAAAAAUAUGUUUAAGAAUGUUAUUGCAGUGUACGAAAUAUCUCAUAAGUGAAUAUUGCUUAUCUCAAUAAAGGUGUAUUUUAAGUAGAUACAUUAAAACUAAGUGAUAAUGUGUUUGAUGUCUGGCAGGUUUACAUUUGUGUGUAUCUUGCAUUUAAUUUUAUUUCUUUGACAUAGAACAGGAUGAAGUAUUAGCUUUUUACCCUUGAGCCUUCUGUCAUUUUGACCUUCACGUGAACUUGAGUUAGUUUAGCAGAAUCAGAACGGUAUGGGAAAUAUUUGUAGAAGUCCGUUAGUGAAUAGUGAUCCAUUGGGAUUUGAGCUAGCGGUAGGUUGUGUUUUAGGAAUGCUGACAUAAGACGGCCUAUUCAUUUUUCAGACCAUAGAUCUUGGGAGUUCUAACCUUUCACAACAGCCUAUUUUUAAAAACACGAAGCCCAAAGUUAACCUUAUGCCUCAAAAUUCUGUAGGUGCUCCCUUCCUUAGAAGUUAAUUCAGAAUUAUUUAAAUCUGCCGUAUUUCCCUAGCAAUGUGGUCACUGUGGCUUGGUGCUAGCUUUCCCCUCUCCUUCACUGUUCUGCUCUUCUAACCCAAACAUCGAAAAUUGAAGACAGGUUUUUAACUCCCUGUGAGGUGAAUGUAUAAUUGUUUUCUACCAUUUUAUCAGUAACCCUAGCCCUGUUAUCAAAGUAGAACUUGAGUUUUUUUCGUAUUGUAACAGUAUUUUUAGUUAACAUUCAAAUGUUUUAGCUACAUUAAAAUUUUCUGGUACUUUUAUGUACAAUUUAUCUACGGCACAAAUUUUCUUUACUCCCCACACUGAGGUUUGGCUUUCUAUAUUAAACCUUUUACUGAUCAUACGCAGGUUUCCACUUGAACUUUAUCUUACCAUCCAAAGCUUUCCAAUUACUAUACCUUAACCCAACCCUAACCUAGAUUUAACUAACCAUAGACCAUGCUUUCAUUUACAGAACGGAGAUUUAACUAACCAUAGCCGAAGCUUUUCCAUCACCGUACGGAGAUUUAACUAACCAUAGACGAAGCUUUUCCAUCACCGUACGGAGAUUUAACUAACCAUAGACGAAGCUUUUCCAUCACCGUACGGAGAUUUAACUAACCAUAGACGAAGCUUUUCCAUCACCGUACGGAGAUUUAACUAACCAUAGACGAAGCUUUUCCAUCACCGUACGGAGAUUUAACUAACCAUAGACAAGUUUUUUCAUUUACCGUAAAAGCUUGAUGACCACAUUAUUGAGAAGUACAUCAGAUUUAAAUUAAUCUAGCAUUUGUGUUCUGUUUGUUGCAUAAGCAACAGAGAAAUUUAGAGCUCACAAGUUCAUUUUGUUUGUAAAUCUUACACUAGCUCACUUUAUUUUUUGUAGCAGUUACCGUGCAUCGGGGAGCUCUACCCACCAUUCAGUCAGAAAAGCUGAAAAAAAUCAAUAAAAACAAAACCAUAGCACAUAAAGCUAUAUGAAAAAUUGCUGCUUUUAGCCAGUUGCUGAUUUACAACAACCGUAGACCACUAUACCAUUUCAGAUAUGAUUUUCUUCACUAGGAUAGACCGUGAACUGAAGACAUGCACAAAUCAGAUCAAUUAGGUAUUCAUCUGCCCACCACCCUCGUUACUCCUCCUAUUCCUCUUUUAGCUGCUUCAUACAUCGAAAGGAAAAGGUUGUGAAAACCCGGCGAGCUCCGAGUGAAUGCUGUCAUUGAACCUUCAAGCUUUGACAUUCAAAGCAGCAUGAUGGGGACACGUGACUGACUGCAUGACUCGGGGCAUGGCUUAUUGUCAUGCGUUUUGUUUGUUGUUAUAUGAUAUAUUAUUUUCUGUUUAUAUAAAACAGGACCUUGAAAAAACAACACAACACAUCACCUCAUUUUAUUUUAUUUUUUUUGUUUUCUUACCAAAACCUCGGGAGAAGAAACUACAUUUUUACCAUAGGAAAAGAAAAUGGGCAGCUAAUAGCCUUGUGCAUUGGAGAAUUGAAUAUUUUUCAGAUGUUAAGAGUAAGAAUUGUUAAAAUUGUGCUAAAAUUUGUACAAUUUCUACAUGAAUUUAAAACUAAAUUAAUACUCACUAGAACACAUUACAUAGGAAAUUCAUCUUCUCGAUGAGGCCCAGCUGUUGGCACUUUCCUUUGAAUUUCUAAAAGAAACAAAAACUUGAUUCAAAUUUGAUAUAGACUCAAACAUUUUUAAAAGGCCUCGUUUUGAGACAAAAAUUGAGCAUUUAUUGUUAUGACAAUAAUAACCUGACAUAAUGAAUAUAAUGGACAGCUUUUGAUGUGCAUAACGUUUGUCCUCCCUGGGUUUCUGUGAGCUUAUCUGAAUUCUAGCACUUUCAACCUUAAAAAAUAAGAGUAUUUUUUUUUCUUUUAAAGUUUCAGCCUUUAUGUUCAUGUUUUUAAUUCUGUAUGAUCUCGUACAUGUAUGUGCCAUUAGUUUGAUCUGUAGACUUUAUCAACUUUUGUGUAUAUCUCUUCUUCAAAAGAAUAACAGUAUUUUUGAUAAACUUUUCACUAAUAACCUUCAAAAUAAGAGCCCCUGCCCUAUUUCUUUUUGUUCCGAUUUAAUUUUUGCUUAAUCAGCUUUGCUUACUUUAUCAAACAGCUACCUGCUCACUCUCUACAGCCAAGUGUUAGAACAGAACAACAACAUGACCGUUGUCAGCGGCCAACCUCCUGCUGCAGCAGAGGCAUGUGCAGGCGGGUUUUACACCAUAUGACCCUAAAAAAAAUAAAAAUAAAACCAUAAAAGCACUCAACCACUGCUGUUUCCUACCUGAAUAAUAGGAUAUCAAUCGGGGCUAUUAAUCUGUGUUACUUUACUAAAUGUGAACCGACUGACAACGAACUACAAAAGCUGCAACACAACAACAAAAUGGAAGUACUAAUAAAAUGGAGGUUAAACAAUUACUAAAUAAAAGAGCAUGAAGUGGAAGUUGUGUUUAUGUAAGACAACAGUAUUCCGGGGCUUUACAGUGGUGUGAGUUACUGUUGUCCCAUUUAAAUGCAUUUUUGGGGUAUUAGCAAAAGUUCUGUUUUUUGCUUAAGUUCCAGGGCACCACAACAUGCACUUUAUGCUAUUUUUAUUAUACUUUAGUAAAUGCAUUCUUUUUGUAUUUAGUUGAACCUUCCAGGCCAUCGUAGAAAAAUGUCGACACGCUUUAAUUACAACAGUGGAGGUCAUGUUAUAAUAUUUAGUGAAAGGAGCUGGUUUUUCAUGGACAAUGGGGGCAAAGAACCUUUUUGUCAUUUAACCACACGUUUUGGUUUAUUACCAGUUAAAAUACAAAAGCAGUUUGGAGAAUUUAUAAAAUAAAAGUCUCAAGAAAAAAAACUUCCUCUUAAUUUGUCCAACUGUGCAUACAUUUAGUUAACAAACCAAAUUGUGGUUUAAAUUUUCCACUAAUAAAAUAUAGAUGAUGAUUUUUAGUUUCAUUUUAAUUUAAAUCUGUGGUUUCUAAAGUUAUUGUCAAAUACCAGGAAGGAGUAUAGGCUACUUAACAGAAAUCUGAAUCAAUUCAAAGAUUAUCGCUGAUAUGACAUGAUUAGAGGAUAAAAGUAUAUAAAUUUGUGAAAUUAUUGAUGGGACUGUUCAGUAACUCCAACUAUGAACACUUAUUACAACUACUCUUUCAUAUAAGUAGUUAAUUUAUAUGAACUGAAUGAAAAAUCACAACACACUUUCAAAAGUUGAGAGGUUUGGAAAUCAGUGAAAUUCUUGAAAUAAGAAAAAAACAAAUGAAAUAUUUGAUAUAUUGAAUAUUUAACCAAAUUUAAAGCUAAAUCCCAUUUUAAUCUAAAAACAGAUUAUUAUUCUUUUUUUUUUAAAGCACAGCUCACGACUCAUGCCUUUCUCCUGUGUGAAACAUUUUAAAAAGAGAUCAAAGUAAUCUGAGGAGAGUUUAUCGGUAAUUGAUUUCUGAUGGUUAUGACACAAAAGAUUUUCUUUAUGGAAGCAACAAACUGUUGGGCUUUUAUUUGAAUGAGUUAUAAUUUUGUCCGACUACACUGGAAAAAACCCAUCUUGUUUCAGGCAGUCAAAAUGAACUGUAACUUCCUUAUUUCUAACUCACUUUUCUUUACUACAAGUCGAGGCCGAUUAAACGAACGUUGAAAAGAAAUACAAUUUUAGUUCUGCUACUUUUGUUUUCCAUAACGAUUUCACGUCUUGAGUGGAAAAGUGUCGCUGUUGUUGGGGUAAACUUGGACUCGCUGACCUUUAACCGGAAUGUUGUUCUGCUCUUUAGCUUGGCUGUAGCUCAAUUACCUCAACCUGCACCUACUCGGGAUGCACUUAUCCUCACCUUUUCCUUUUUACCAGUAGGUGCAGCAAAAACACAUUUUAAGGGAAUUAUACUCAUUUUAAACCUGAGAAAAGCUGAUUUGACUUUAUUAAUGCUCUUUCUCACCCUUUAGAGACAAACUGGGUACUGUCUGGUGCAGACAACAUCCACAUGUAGGUUUAUGUAUUUCUAGCUGAAUGUGAGUCUUGCAUUCCAUCCUCUUUGUGUAUCUUGUUUAAGUGAAAUAGCCCAUUUUUAUUUUGGACUAUGUGUUACUAUAGCCACCUUCGAAUUGAACGACAACAGGCUACAGGACACAGAGUUUAAGGAAUUAUUCUGAGGAAGUUUUGCUCUUUCGUUUCUUUUCCAAGCAUAUCUCAUGCAAUCAGUUGCUGCAACUAUUAAGUGACAGAUAUUGGUUGAUCCAAAGAGUUGAUGAACACAACAACAGAACUAUUGACUUAUUGUACAGUACCGUGUAUCUUUGACUUGUCAUGUGUUAUGUUGAAAUUAUUAAAAGACAAACCAGUGGUUUCAUA